AUGACAGAGUCCGGUGUAUCUGUGAGGCAAACAUUAGAGAUGCUUAGAAGCCGUCGAGAGACUGCUGAUAUAUUUGGAGCCAAGCCAGAUACUACGUUUGGAUAUCCGAAGGCUCUUGGCCUCAUGUGGGAUAUUGCACUAAGAGAGCUGAAUGAACAGACCCUCAAGGUGUUACAAGUUCUCUGCAUGUUGCAUUCGGACUGCAUACCCCAGGAUAUAUUUUAUGGACACCAUCCUGAGCCAAAUCUAGCAUUUCUAUCCAGCAUUCCACGGACAAGGAUUCUGGCUAUGAUGAGCAGCUUAUCUCGUCGGCAGCUCAUUUCCAAGUGGCAGGAAUCUGGAAGAAGCUACCUUGCAAUCCACCGAGUCUUACAGCGCUGCAUCCUGCAUCGCCUCGAUGCAGAGGAUGGGAAAAUUCAGGAAAUCUUCAUGGUUACCUUUGCGCUUCUGCGUAGGGUCUUUCCACGUCAAUCCUCAAUCCAGUUUCCCCAGAAUGACCAGUGGAAUGUGUGGGAGAUAUGGAGCCCCCAUAUAAUGAACCUGCGCAAGGUUUAUGAAGAGUCGGAGGGGGAAGUAUCCGCAUCAAUCGAAUUUGCUGAAAUCCUUGGAGAUGUCGCAAACUAUUUUUGGGAACGCAACAUGCUCUCGGAUGGAAUCUUAGCCAGCGAUUCCGCAGGAGAGAUAUGUGAAAAGCUGGAUGGGCAAUUCCUUCACCAGCAAGGUCAUAUAUUUACCCUUGGGGCAUGUAUUCGGCUUGAAAGCGGUAUAUCUACGCGUUCCGAGUGUUUUCGCUUGAUGAAUAAGGCGCUGCUGCUUCGCCAGUGUCAUAUGAAUACGCUAGUUCCCAGCGAAGCCACUGAAAUAGAUGUGCAAAACUAUGCCAAUGCAUGGAGCAAUCUCGCCUGGGCCCUCUCAAAUUACGGCUUCUACGAGGACGCCAUUGCAUACUCGGAUUUUGCCAUUGCCAUUCGCAACCGGAUUGGCUGCGGGUCAGUUAAGAUUAACGCAGAUACCUUGACAAACAAAUGUCUCUGUCUAGCGGCGCUUGGGAUCUUUGAUGAAGCCAAGAAAUUGAUCAUCACUGACCGUGAGAUUCAAAGCUGGCCCCCAGAGUUUUUGAAGACUGUCUAUGUUUCCUUGCUCAAGUUUAAAUUCUAUUGGGCUACGAUAUAUCUUCAAGCGGGAGACACUGAAAAGGCUUAUGAGAUGAUAAAUGCUGUUUUGGCGACCUGCUCUGCGUAUUUUGGUCCUUGGGGAAGUCCUACUCUUGAUUGCUAUUACAUCAUGUCUCUGGUCCAAGAAAGUAGGGGAAAUAUUGAAGAAGCUAAGGACCUCUUGAAAAUGGCUAUCACGAGACCGGACAGUUGGAUUGAAGAGGCCAAAUUACGGGCACAGUAUCAUCUCAGCAGAAUGCAGGCUGCUACAGAAAAGACUACGAACAGUCAUAUCUGCGUUGCUUCUUUACGAAACGCAAAAGAAAAGCUUUGGGAUCAGUACGCAGUCUAUGUACCACCUGAUGUCAACCUAGAUGAAAGCGCCAUUUAUGAUCACAUGGUAGCACUUUCAUCUGGAAGAACGUCGUUUGGUAAGGGUAUCCCAGGGAAAACGCCGGAAAUGAACAAAGUCUGUUAUUUUAUGAAAAGUGCACUUGAAUCUGCCCUGCCAGAUGGCGAAGUUUUUACACCACGAGAAGUUGUCCGUUACCUGAAAUAUGACGGUUCAAUCCCAGAGGAACAGUUCUAUUAUAGAAAAUAG